CUUCGUACCUGCUCGGUGGGUAAUCGUCAGCCUUCGGUAAUUUCCGUGCAACGUCGGCUAUUUCCGUGGAUUAAUCGGCGCCUGUCUCCUUUGGAAGGCGCAGUUUCCUUUACAAAAAUCGCCGAUUUCUAACAGAUUGUAGCGGAAGAAAACAACAGCCGCUGGUCAACAUGGCUAUGCCGGGGCCUGAUGACCCCAUGGGCACCCCACCCCCUCAAGGUCCCACAACUCCGCAACAACAGAGCCUACCCCCUCCACCGACCCCCCCUCAGGGGCCAGGACCUCAGCAGGGCCAGCCAGGGGGGUACACCCCAGGAGGGUACACCCCAGAAAACAUCAGUCUACUGCAUAAGGCAUUAGACUCCAUGCAGGAGAAAGGGAUGACAGAUGACCCUCGCUAUGCCCAGCUCAUGGCCAUGGCCAAACGUGCCCAACAGGGGGGUGGACCCCCUCCACCCAACAUGGGCCCCCCUCCAUCCGGACCAGGUAUGGACGGCCCAGAUCAUCCAGGGGGGUAUGGCCCCAAUCAGAUUGAACCCCCUCCGUCAUCAGGAGAAGGGCCACCACAUCCCCCCUCCAGCCAGGGGGUACCCCCUGGGCCCCCGCGUCCCUCCCCCUUCAACUCGUCCCAGAUCCAGCAGCUGCGGGCACAGAUCAUGGCGUACAAGCUGCUGGCUCGUAACCAGUCGCUGCCAGAGUCCCUGAGUCUCGCCGUGCAGGGGAAGCGGUAUCCCAUGCCGGGGCAGUUCCAGAGGCCACAAGGAAUGGGCAGUCCCAACCCCAUGCAGGGGGGUAUGCCCCCCUCGGGUGGGCCUAUGCAGGGGGGAGCGCCCGUCCCCCCUCCAGGUGGUGCUGUUCCAAAUGUGGGUCCCUGGGGGCCGAAGGGGCCGAUGACCCCACAGCAGCAGCCAAUGAAAAUGCAACCUCCCCCUCAGCAGCGACAGCCGGUGCCUGGUCAGGGCGGCGCCCCCCAGCAGCCGUCGCCGGGAUCGCAGGCAUCGCACGUGCCCACAGUCAUGCAGCUGCCGCCGCGCCAGUCCCGCCUGGCACCCAUGGGGAAACCUCAGGGCGUUGACCCCGUGGAGAUUCUGAAUGAACGAGAGCACAGGAUCCAGCAGCGUAUUUCCCACCGUAUCCAGGACCUGUCCAACCUGCCAGGGAACAUGUCCGAGGACUUACAGCUGCAGGCUACCAUCGAACUCAAGGCACUGCGGCUGCUCAACUUCCAGAAACAGUUGCGUACUGACGUUGUGAGCUGCAUGCGACGCGACACCACGCUGGAAACGGCACUGAACUCCAAGGCUUACAAGCGCAGCAAGCGACAGGGCCUGCGGGAGGCCCGUAUCACGGAAAAACUGGAGAAACAACAGAAGAUGGAACAGGAAAGAAAACGGCGGCAGAAACACCAGGAAUACCUGAACUCUGUAAUGCAGCACGUGAAGGACUUUAAGGAGUACCACCGCACCGUGUCCACCAAGACGUCCAAACUGUCCAAGGCCAUCAUGACCUACCACUCCAACACCGAGCGCGAACAGAAGAAAGAACAGGAACGCAUCGAGAAGGAGCGUAUGCGCCGCCUCAUGAUGGAAGAUGAAGAGGGGUACCGUAAGUUGAUUGACAAGAAGAAGGACAAGCGUCUAGCGUACCUGCUGGCCCAGACAGACGAGUACAUCAAGAACCUGACCCAGCUGGUCCGGCAGCACAAGGAGGAGCUGGCCAAGAAGAAACGGGAGAAGAGCAAGAAGAAGAAGAAGAAGGAAAAGAAGGAAGGUGCUGAGGGGGAGGGGGAUGUAGACGAGAGCAGCCAGUUCAGCGACCUGACCAUCAACGUGAUCGAGACAGCGACCGGGCGCGUCCUCAGUGGGGCCGAGGCUCCCAAAGCCAGUCAGCUGGAGGCAUGGCUAGAAAUGAACCCUGGGUAUGAAGUCGCACCCCGCGAGGAUAGUGAUAGCUCUGAAGAUGACGACAGUGGGGAUGAAAAGGACGACGAGAACGAAGACUCGCAGUCUUCCAGCAAGGAUGCGAGCGAGAAGGACCGUAACACAGACGGAUUGGAUGAGGAAGACAAGAACAAGGAUAUUAUCACGAGCUUUGCACAAGCUACCCUGGAAGUAGACGACGAGUACAGUAAGGGAGACACAGAGAUGGACUACCAGACGUACUACUCCAUGGCACACGCACAGAGGGAAAACGUUCGCGAGCAGCCCAGCCUCCUCGUCAAUGGAAAACUCAAGGAGUAUCAGAUUAAGGGCCUGGAGUGGCUGGUGUCCCUGUAUAACAACAACCUAAACGGUAUCCUGGCCGAUGAGAUGGGCCUGGGAAAGACCAUCCAGACCAUCGCGCUCAUCACGUACCUCAUGGAGAAGAAACGCGUCAACGGCCCCUUCCUCAUCAUCGUUCCGCUCUCCACUCUGUCCAACUGGAUGCUGGAGAUGGACCGCUGGGCCCCGGCGAUCGUGAAGAUUGCGUACAAAGGCUCGCCCCAGAUGCGGCGCCAGCUGAUGUCCCAGCUGCGAGGCGGAAAGUUCAACGUCCUCCUGACGACCUACGAGUACAUCAUGAAGGACAAGAACAUCCUUGCAAAGAUCCGUUGGAAGUACAUGAUCAUAGACGAGGGUCAUCGGAUGAAAAACCACCACUGCAAGCUGACACAAAUCCUCAACACCCACUACAUGGCUCCCCACCGUCUCAUGUUGACAGGGACCCCCCUGCAGAACAAGUUGCCGGAGCUGUGGGCCCUGUUGAACUUCCUCCUCCCUUCCAUCUUCAAGUGUUGUGCCACCUUUGAACAGUGGUUCAAUGCACCAUUCGCUGCCACCGGUGACAAGGUUGAGCUGAACGAGGAGGAGACAAUCCUGAUUAUCCGCCGUCUCCACAAGGUGCUUCGGCCGUUCCUUCUGAGACGUCUCAAAAAGGAGGUAGAGUCUCAGCUACCUGAGAAGGUUGAGUAUGUGGUGAAGUGCGAGAUGUCGGCGCUCCAGCGUCUGCUGUACAGCCACAUGCAGUCCAAGGGCGUGCUGCUGACCGACGGGUCCGAGAAGGACAAGAAGGGGCGCGGCGGAACCAAGACUCUCAUGAACACCAUCAUGCAGCUCCGCAAGAUCUGCAACCAUCCCUUCAUGUUCCAACAUAUAGAGGAAGCGUAUGCAGAGCACAUUGGAUCAUCCUCAAGCAUCAUCCAAGGCCCGGACCUGUAUCGUUCUGGAGGGAAGUUCGAGCUGUUGGACCGCAUCCUGCCGAAGCUUCACGCGACGAACCACCGCGUCCUCCUGUUCUGUCAGAUGACCUCUCUCAUGACCAUCCUGGAGGAUUACAUGAACUACAAGGGUUUGCGUUACCUGCGUCUGGACGGCACCACCAAGUCGGAGGACCGGUCCCAGCUGCUGCACCUCUUCAACGAGAAGGAUUCUCCCUACUUCCUCUUCCUGCUGUCCACGCGCGCUGGCGGCCUCGGUCUGAACCUGCAGGCCGCCGACACCGUCGUCAUCUUCGACAGCGACUGGAACCCACAUCAGGAUCUCCAGGCUCAAGAUCGCGCCCACCGUAUCGGACAGAAGUCAGAGGUGCGUGUGCUGAGACUCAUGACCAUCAACUCCGUCGAGGAGAAGAUUCUCGCGGCAGCUCGCUUCAAGCUGAACGUGGACGAGAAGGUGAUACAGGCGGGCAUGUUCGACCAGAAGUCGACCAGCUCGGAGCGGCGCCAGUUCCUCCAGGCCAUCCUGGAGCACGAUAACCUGGGAGAGGACGACGAGGACGAGGUACCGGAUGAUGAGACCAUCAACCAGAUGAUCGCACGCGUGGAGGAGGAGUAUGAGCUGUUCCAGCGCAUGGAUCUGGACCGGCGCAGGAACGAGGCGCGGGACCCGAACCGUAAGCCUCGGCUGAUGGAGGAGGACGAGCUGCCCGCCUGGCUGGUGAAGGACGAGGCCGAGGUGGAGAGGCUCACCUACGAGGAGGAGGAGGAGAAGAUCUUCGGCAGAGGCUCGCGUACGCGUAAGGAGGUGGACUACAGCGAUGCACUCACGGAGAGGGAGUGGCUCAGGGCUAUUGAGGAAGGCAACCUGGACGAAAUGGAGGAACGAAAGAAGCACAAGAAAACACGUAAGAGGAAGGUCCGUGUGGAGGAGAUCGAAGAAGAGGGGGAGAAGAAGAAGAAGAAGCGAGGGCGGCCGCCAGCGGAGAAACUGACUCCGAACCCCCCAAAACUGACCAAACAGAUGAUGAAGCUGUACGACACGGUCAUGUACCAUGGGGACAGCGCCGGCCGCCAGCUCAGCGAACCGUUCUUCCGCCUGCCGUCACGUCGCGACCUGUCGGACUACUACGAGAUGAUCAAGAAACCCAUUGACCUCAAGAAGAUCAGGGACCGUAUCAAGAACCACAAGUACCGCUGCCUGGAUGAUCUGGAGAAGGACAUCAUCCAGAUGUGUAAGAACGCACAGCUGUAUAACGUAGAGGGAUCACAGAUCUAUGAAGACUCCAUCGUGCUCCAGUCGGUGUUCACCAAUGCCCGUGAGCUGCUGGAGCAGUCAGGUGACCUGCCGUCGCCCGGGCAACCUGAUGGGGAGGACAGUGAGGAGGAAGAGGAGGAGGAGGGGUCGGAGUCGGAAUCUCGCUCAUCACUCAAGAUGAAGAUCCGAGUAGGGAAGGGAGAAGGCAGAGGAAAGUCCAAGGGUAAGAGCCCACGCAGGAAGCCGGGGCGACCAAAGAAAGCCGUCGUUAGCGACGAUGAUGACUCAGACACCAACGAGCAACAGCAGGCUCCCAGCGAGGAGGAGCAGACAGAGGGUGAGGAAGAUGAGGGACAGUCACCAAGCUCAUCUCACGCCUCGUCUCGCGUAUCGUCUCCUGCUCCCGGGCACAGCAGAAAGCGAUGAGUCAUCACACAAUCUGAUGAUGUCAAGAAGAAUUGAACAGCUAAGUCAAAAGCAAAGCAGCAUCACAUGCUGGGAAUUCAUAAGAUGUAUAAAAACACAAGUACAAGCUUACCACAUUAGGGAGGUAAUAGAAUAGUGUUAGAAAUAUUAUUUAUCAACACAAGAAGCACAUAGUCACCACAAUACCUUAGAAUGUCCAAAAGACUAAAACAAAACAUGUUGAAGAGAUGAAAGACCUACUGUACCAUGUAAUAGGACAAGAGGUUUUGUGUCGACUUCUAGUUGUGAUGAUUUAGAUUUACCUCACUGUAAAAUUGAUCUGGUUAAAAAUGUUAACCUUGCACAACAAAAAGAACACUGUAAUGUCACAUGUACAAGUAAUAUGAUUGAUCAUGAAGCUGUCGUCUGUCUCCAUGUGAUAGGAAUAUCAGAACACAAUCAUAACAUGCUGGUUAGUUAUGUUUUACAAAGUGGCAUACAUCUCUGUGUAGGCAGUACCUAUGCUGUAUCAAAUCUGUCCCACUGUGGAAUCUGCUGUUGAUGCACAAGUCAGAUUUUAUAAAGGUGAUAUCAAGAUUUGUAGGUCUGGCAUGGCUCCUAAGGAUAUCCUUGUUAAGUAAGAUAUUGCACUUCACAAAGUUGUUAGUAUGUGGACGGUAGAACAAGGAUUUUGAAUGUUUGGAAAGAGAAAAGGUAUCUCAUGAUAUCUCUAUAUGAUGAACUUUGUACACAUGCAUUUUGUCAUGCAUUAUAUUGGCAACUGUUUUGGUUCCUAGAAAAAUGGUAAAAGAUGCAAUUUAGGACUUAAAGUUAACUGAGGACAUUAAAAGCUAUAAACACUACUGCAACAAGUCACAUUCAACAAAUUUGAUCUAUAUAUACACAUUGACUUGUAGUUGUAGAUUCUGGGUAGGGGGUUAUUUGUUGUUAUUAUCUAUAUUGUAGGGAUUUAGAGCAUUUUUCUCAUAAGUAUGUGCAUAUCUCCGUGAAGUCAUUGUCAUGAAUAAAGAAAAAAGAAAACGGAA